AUUGAAACAUCAGAAAGUUUUCAACAUGAUGAUAAAGAUAAAGAACAGCAACAACAACAACAACACAAACAUUCACUAGCAGAAGAAAACGAUUUAAAUAGCAAGAAAAAGAAAUUACAUUCCAUUUGCAAUUGCAAAAAGAAUAACAAUAACAACAACAAUAAUAAUAUUAUUACAUGUUGUCAUACUGCAGUUGACACUUUAAAACAACACAAGUCACAAAAUAAUACAAAUAAUACAACAAUAACGACAACAACUAAACGUAAUAACAAUAAACAAAAACCAAGUGUAGCAACAUCUUCAGAAACAUUAACAAAUCAAAGUCAAGAGGUUAAAGCUCGUUUGGCAACACUAAGAACUCGUAAAAAAGUUUCAACACAACAACAACAGGAACAAAAAGGACAAAAGAUUGGCAGUGGGUCAGCUGCUACAGCAGGACCAUUAGGAUCAUCACUAUCCUCAGAGUCUAUUAGUGAAAAAGUUAGCGAAAGUAGUGCGGAAAACGAUUUUAAUAGGACUCAGGGAAGAUAUUUGAUAAAGAAAGUUUCCCCCGUUCUUGAUGAUGCAACCUUAAAUCUAAUCGAAACCUUGAGCGAAGAAGUUAAGAAACCCAAUAAUAAACGUAAACGUAAUAACACACAGGCGAUACUCCUAGGACUUGCGACACUACAUCAACCCAGACCCAAACGUAUAGCAGCCAAUCCAAUUACACCACAAAUUGCUGCUGUUACAGGCGUGCAAACGUCUGCAAGCGCUGCUGUAGAUAACAACAACAGCGAACAAAAACAAACAACGGCUGGUAAUUUCCUUAAACCAUUGCCAAUCGAAGCAACAAAUACGAAUUCGAAGAAAAGAGCGCGUAUAAUGUCGCUGUAUGAGCGUCCAUUUCAAACGACCAAUGAUGGUCGCGGUGGUGGCGGAGGCGGUAGUGUUGUGGGCAAUGGUUAUAUGACUUCAAGUCGGUCGAGUGCCAGUAGCGGUGGUGCUGCGAUGGUUAUGAAUGAUACCAGUGAUACACAAGAAAUGGCAAAUCAAUAUUAUCUAUCGGGUAGCAGUGGUUCUGUUAUUGCAGGCAAUUCGAAUCCUUCGUUGGUGGGUAAUGGCAGUGCCAUCAAUCAUGCGCCCACCAUGGGAACACUGUGUAAUAUUGGAAACACUUGCUAUUUGAAUUCCGUGGUAUACACUCUGCGUUUUGCACCACAAUUCUUGCACAAUCUUCAUCACUUGCUAGCGGAUUUGAAUGCUCUGCAACAGAAUAUAGCGAGAGCACGAGCAAAAUCGUCUUCCUUGGGUCGCGGCAUUAGUGCAGUGCACAUGGAGAAUGCUCGCAGUUGGAGUAGCAAAGAUUUAGCCUCCAUGGAACAGUAUAAUAGUGGUUCAGGAACUGCAGUCCCUAGCGCAGGGGCCAACAAUUCUUCUGCCCUAACACAAGUUACUCAAAAGAGUUGUCAUCAGCUGUUGACUGAAAAACUGCAUGAACUCUAUCAGAGUUUGCAUCGCAAUGAGAUUAAUGAAUCGACCGAACCUCAUCAUGCCGAUACUCUAUUGCAUGCCAUACAAGAUGUUAGCAGUAUAUUUGAGGGUAAUCAACAACAAGAUGCGCAUGAGUUUUUAAUGUGUCUAUUGAAUAGUAUAAGAGAAACAAGUCAAACCUUAAUCAAAGCCAUAGCUGAGUGUCCAGAUGUGAUAUUGAAUGGAUACAUUUCCAACCCUGAUGAAGUUGAACGAGAUUUAAUGAAAAACCAUACUUCUGUUGCUGGCAGUGCUGUUGGUGGUGGCAUUGCAAUUGGCACUAGCAAUAGUAAUAAUAUUAAUAGUUUAGCCUCAGCAAGUUCAAAAACUUCCUCCUUCUUCUCACGCAAAUCAAAGCGAAAAGAUGAAAGUAAAAAUUCCAAAAACUCCCGCCUUCAAUCGCCUCUUAAAGAUGCCCUCAUGUCUAGUGGCAAUACACAGACCACGAGCACAGCAAAUAGUCUCUUCUACCUAAAUACAAAUGAUCUCAAUACGACAUCGACUUCGGCUGCCUCAGCAACAGUUGGAGCGGCUUCAAUUGGCGGUGGCAGUAACUCGCUAACCUCACCUUCAAAUUCUACUGCUAUUGUGGCGGGCAGCGCGACAGCGUUAGAUGAAACAGAUGCACCCACGGCUGUGGCCUUAAUACUAAAGGAUAAACAACGUUUGGAGGGUAAGAUUAGAGAAUUGGGUUUGGAUUUCUUUAAUGAGGACUUUGAGGGCAUAACGGUGUCGACCACCAAGUGUUUGAGCUGUGAAACGAUAACGGAACAAAAGGAAACCAUGAUUGAUAUUGCUGUACCUGUGCCCCAAGCGGGUUACGAAAGCAACGAAUUUAUGGAUAGACCAUCAUCAUUUAUACAGAAUUCCUGCAUUACCCGCGAGUAUUUUCGCAGAAACAAAUAUCGCUGUGAACAAUGUUGUGGCUAUACCGAGGCCAUACGUUCAAUAUCUUACGAAGUCUUGCCACGUCUCUUGAUCAUACAAUUGAGCCGUUUUAGCGGUGGCAUGGAGAAGAUAAACAGUUACAUUCCAACAUCAUUUACCCUGCAAUGUUUCUGUUCCAAAUGCUGUGAACUAAGUGAUGCCAACAAAUUACACAUUUAUAAAUUAUACAGUGUGAUAACGCAUGUGGGCGCUACUAUGUCGGUGGGUCAUUACAUUGCGUACACCUGUUCGCUGGAUUGGGCCAACGAAUACAUCAAUUGUCCCAAAGAGCAACGAAGAAGAGCUAGUCAAGAACGUAAUCUAGGAGCAGCGGCGGGUAAUAGCACUAGUGCCGCUAAUAGUUCGCAAUCUUCAGCGGCCUCCUCUGGAUUGGGUUCAUCGAGUACCGGGUUUAUGAAAAUGAAGAUGAAAUUCGGACGUAGUAAAGCCUCCAGUUCGGGAGAUAUGAGUAAAAAUGUCAAACAAUUAAAUGGUUUAAAUAGCAGCAGCAAAGCCAUUACAAAUGGCAUAGGAAAAUUAUCUAUGAAUAAUUCGACAGCGGCUGGUGUUGGUGGCGCAGCAACACCCCAAUGUCCGGUCACUUCAAGUAUUAACUGUUGUGCCAUGCGCCUUUCAGCACAACAGCAAUUGCAAUACCAGUCAGCCAACAAUAGUACUAGCGAUUUCAGUGAAGAAUCUUCCCAAUAUUCCAACGGUUCUGGCUACAAUACCCCAGCCAAUUACAACAACAACAUACAUCAUAACUACUCCACAUCGGCCAAUACCUCGGGUUACGGCAGCACGGGUAGAGGUUCCACAAAAGCCUCCUAUGCCACCACGCAAAACAAUUGCAGUGAACCCAUCUGGUAUAUGUGUGACGAUGAUAAAAUCAAAGCCAUGACACAAAGAGAAUUUGAAGAAUUAUUAUCACCGGCGCGUAAAAUAACUAUAACUCCCUAUUUACUCUUCUAUGCCCGUUACAAUCUACAAUCCACACCACCAAAAUCGGCAACGGCAUCUACAUCCUCUCCGGGUCCCGUAACAUCAUCGCCACAGACCUCCUGGUCAAAUGAAAGUCUACAGAGUAGUGGUCAUAGUGCCCAUAGUUCGGGUAUACGUAUGUGAGUAACAGCAACAACUAAAAGUAAGCAUAAGAGCAAUACAAGUUAUAGUAAUAAUAUUAAUCUUAAUAAUAACAACAACAACAUUUACAAUAGUAGUGGUAGUAAUAAUACUAAUAAUAUUAUUAAUAAUAAUAAUAAUAAUUGUAAUAAUAAAAGCCUGACUAAAUGCAAUUGUAAAGAACAGGUUAUAUAAGUUAAACUUUAUUGAGAAAGAAAAAUAUUUAAUUCAAAAUUAAAAGUAAACCACACAAUGAUAAUAUUUCCAAGAAAAUAAGAAACUUUAUAAAAAUUAACAAAAAAAAAAAAAAAAA